UAAACGAGAAGAUGAAUAACAACAGGCAUCUUUCGAUAUGAGCAACUGCCUUUCAUGUAACGGUAUGCCGUGCCAACCAUACCGGACGUUCGCGAACACUACUGAAUGUGCAUACACUUACACUACAUCCCGCCAUAAUCUCACUUUGGAAGAAAAAAAAUUGACACCAAGACCGUUUCUUGACGUUUCUCCGGAGUAAGCGAAGGCAGUCGAAGUUGGCUCUACCGGGAAGCGGUGUCCCGCGGCAUGGCCGGCCGGGCUACAGUCCGGGCACUUAGUGCGCUGGUUGUGCUGAUGACAUUGAUAGCUGUCGAGUGGAUAAUAGGUUGUGAGGGUUCGAAUUCCGCUCAGCAGCUUUUCGAGGACAAGAUGAGGGGCUAUGACCCCUUGAUACGACCCGUGGACAACAACUCCGAUGUUGUCAACGUCUCUAUCUCACUCGCCCUCUCUCAGCUUAUCGACAUAGACGAGAAGAACCAGGUCAUGAUUACAAGUCUGUGGCUGAAGCAACAGUGGAAGGAUAGCAAGCUCGACUGGGACCCAGCCGACUACGAUGGCCUGGAACAACUGCAAGUCCCCAUCGAGCGGCUUUGGAGCCCAGACAUUUUGCUCUACAACACAGCUAACGGAGACUUUGCUGCCGGAUUAGGCAACUGGGCGACGGUCAAGUACGACGGUACCGUCUACUGGAACCCUCCCGUCAUCUUCAGGAGUUCUUGCCUGAUCGACAUCUCCUACUUCCCCUUCGACGAACAACGCUGCAAGAUGAAGUUCGGCACCUGGACUUACGAUGGCUCCGUGGUGGAUCUCAACCCACUGACCCAGCGGGUGGAGCGGGAAAACUACCGGGCCAACGGGGAGUGGGACAUCGUGGAAUCUCCAGUGGCAAAACAUGCCAUCAAGUACCCGUGCUGCGAGGAGAUCUUCAUCGACGUGACUUACACCUUCGUCCUGCACCGCAAUCCACUCUUCUACAUCAUCACCCUGGUGCUGCCGUGUAUCCUCAUCGCUCUGCUGACGGUUCUUGUGUUCUACCUGCCCUCGGCCGCCCAGGAGAAAGUUACGCUGUCCAUUUCGGUCCUCAUCGCUCUGAUCGUGUUCCUCCUCCUCAUCCCGUCCAUCGUCCCGCCCACCUCCACCACGGUGCCUCUCAUCGCCCGCUACAUGCUCUUCACCAUGGCCAUUGUGUCCAUCUCGAUCUUCGCUACGGUCUGGACCAUCAACCUCCACUUCCGGAACUCCAACACCCAUACCAUGGGCAAGUGGACCAAGAAGGUCUUCCUGAAUGUCCUGCCGAGGCUGCUGUUGAUUGAGCGGCCGGGUGCGUCCCAUGCGCGCAAGGAGCGGGCGAGGCAGAAGCAGAUGGAGCGCGCUCUCAUCCGCAGCAACGUGACUUCGUCCUUUGUCUACUCACCGGUAGACGCCGCUGCCGCGGGCGGGCGUGGCCGAAAGGAACCCGGGGGCUACUCCAAGAUGGUCAUGUCUGGGUCCACCUUGUCUCCCUCCCUUCGAGAGGAGAUCGAGUACCGUGAGAGGAGUGGCACACUGAGAAGAUACGAAGAAUACGAGCCAGUGAAAAGGGAAUGGGACGAUCUUCUAGAAAAUCUGCAAUACAUUCAAGAAAACCUGAAGCACGCUGACGAAGUGGAGGAUUCCGAGGAGGACUGGAAGUACGUGGGCCUCGUGGUAGACCGGCUCCUCCUGUGGAUCUUCCUCAUCGUCGUGGUGGUAGGGACGGCCGUCUUCUUCGUUCAAGCCCCGAUCCUAUGGGAGUCGCCCGAUGAGCACAAACGAGAGGUGUACGAUGACCCCGAGGUGCUACUCACCGCUGGAUACUACGAUCUCUUUCCCACGGACCCUCCCAUCCCGCAGGCGGUCUCGCAAGCCAUAUAGUCGCCGUUUUUUCAGAACAUCACUUUCCUUCUUCCAACGUUCGUCUUAAUACCAAACGGUACGAUAAUAUUAUGUGUGGCAGAGACUGAAAUUACUCUGUGCUGGAAAGUAUUUUCUUGCAUGGACGACUGAAUGUAUGAAAAUAAAGCCUGAAGAUGGAGACAGAGACGACUAAAAUGUCCCAAGACUAUUUGGUCCUAAAUGCUUUGCUAUGGUCAGUGGUAAUGCAUGCGUGUCCAUGGGAAACAGAUUUCAACGCUUCCUAAGAGGUACAUUGCACCAUCAGCUAUAAAGCGAAGGUAUUUUAAUGCAUAUUUUGUCACGUCACUCCCGUAAUAUUCGUCGGUGUUCCCAGUCUUAGCGCAAGAACAAAUAUUGUUCUGUAAAUGGAUCUGUUUUGUGGCUGCCUUUCAGCAAGUUAUUAUCUGGUGUAAUGGGAGCGUCUUGUACCACAGUAGCACCUGUAUGUAUAGAAGUGAACGACAACGGAAUGUUAUCAUUCUGCGCAACGGCAGAUAUUACAGGCCGAUGCUUUUAGAUGAUUCUGUGAAGGGAGGCAUGUCAAAGCAAAUAUUUAAUUGACUAAAAUUCUCUUUCUCUUUAAAAGGUGUUUCAAUGGUGGAUGUAGCGAGGCAUGGGUAAAAAUAAAACCAUUAUGCUUCUCGGCAAGAGCUCAUUCAUCUAGCUUCUUUCUGAAUGUUAAAUUAAUUAUCUCUUUUUAAUCGUCAGUAUAAGGAAAACAAUUACAAAGUGGUGCAUCCAAUGACGUUUCAAGACUUUUUUUAAUUAAUGAAGUGAAACUUAAUUGACCGGUGUGCCUUCCGUUGCUCAGACCUGGACCACACCGUUUAAAUUUACCUUAACUGCGAGAAGUGGCCAAUAUUGGGUACCCGGUACAUAACUUCGUGGUGUUAUUGACCACCUCUGUGAUUGGUCAUUUCGUACGCUGGUGAACGCAGUGGCGUACAAGUUCUUUUUAAGUUCAUUCGCUUAACGAUAUUCGCUUGUAUCUGUAAAAUAGGAUCUUUUCAAAGUGCAUACGUAAGUUGAAGAUUUGGUUCCAGUGUGGAUGCUAUGCAAUAAAGAUGAUCUGCAAGUUUUAUUUUGCAUUCUAAGAGAUUUGCACAGGAAAUAUGUUCUCGUCAUAACACUUCUGAGGUUUUGUGAGCAUCGCAAUUAUUUCGAUAGCCAUUCUCAAAAUAGAAAGAACUUAAAAAGCAUUUGGUAAAUUUAGUUUGAAAAUAUUGUGCUUUUAACAAGGGUAGUUGUACGUUUGAUCAUGGUCAGAUUGUAAACAUUCCAGUGCUUGUAGUUGAUGGCAUAUUUAUUUAAUCGCUUGAAGCUGAAUGGUUUGAUAAUCGAGAAUUGUUUUCCCAAGCCUUAUAUAAAUGAACAAAACAGGAUGUACUUUGUAGGUGACAAAUAACGAAAUAAAUCUGCAAAAUAACAACCCAGUGCCUGUUUGUAUCAUUUAAA